AUGAAGGCUAUUCUCUCACUCUCAUCUGUGCUGCUGGCUCUGAAGCUCUGCUCAGGUGAGUGGUGCUACCAGAGCCAGCUAUCCUGUAACCACACGUGUGAAGGGCCUUCACAGUGGAAAAUAAAUUAUACAAGUUGUGGAGGUCAGAAGCAAUCGCCUAUCAACAUCAUCACAAGCAAAGUGAAGUAUGACCCAAAACUGACCAGUUUUAUCUUUCAUGGUCAUGAGGAUGCUUUCAACAUGAGUGUGGAAAAUCAUGGACAUUCAGCUCACUUCACACUUCCUCCAUCAGCACAUCUCAGUGGCGGAGGUCUGAAAGGCAAAUACAAGGCUGUCCAGUUUCACCUGCACUGGGGAGAAAAUGGCAGUCAGGGCUCAGAGCACUCUGUAGAUGGGGAGCGUUAUCCCAUGGAGCUCCAUAUUGUUUACAUUGGAGAAGAGUACAUCAACUUGACAAAGGCCCUACAAAACUCUACAGGGGUGGCAGUACUCGCCUUCUUUUUUGAGGUGACUGCACUGCAAAACCAAAAGUUUGAGAGAAUCAUAGAGGCUUUAAAAAAAGUCAGACAUGAAAACACCACCAGUAAAGUUGAAAACUUUAAACUGAGUGACAUCAUCCCUCAAGUCAAUAGCCAAAAGUACUAUCGAUACUCAGGCUCCUUGACCACACCAAGCUGUGAAGAAGCUGUUUUGUGGACGGUAUUCCAACAGACUAUAGGCAUAAGCAAAAUGCAGAUGGAAUCAAUGGAUAAGCUGCUGUUAUUCGGAACAGACAAACCAAUGGCUGGAAUAUUCCGUCCUGUCCAGAAUCUGAAUGAACGAGUGGUGUACACAUCUGUACCUGCUCACAGUCUGUGUGUGCUGCCCAAUCUGCUCACCCUGAUCCUCUGCCUCUUUUGUGUUUUGGGACAACACAAGUGUUUUCACUGAAUGGCACAGAACACAUCUCUUGUUGAUCUGUAUGGGGAUGUUCUGCAUUGAACUAUUGAAUGGAAGUUGCUGGAAUGAAUCUUUGUCACUGUGCUAAAUCUGUGAAACUUGAAAAUGGGGGAAAUAUUUCUUUGUUAGAAUUGUUUGGUGUUCACAUGUAUUAAUUGUUUCACUGGUACCUCAUUUUAUGUCCUCCAAUAUUCUUAUUUUGUUUUGUAGCUUUCUACAGAGCCCUGUAGACCGUAUAAAUCAUAUUUAAAAUUAUAUCAUUAUCAUAUAUAUAAGCAAUAUUAUAUGAGCAGCACUAUGCUAUGGCUGUAUAUCAGCAUUAUUGGGAUACAUGCAGUGCCAUAGCCAGUAUUUAUUAAUUCAAUUUAAAAUAAUUUAAUUUAAAUAUAAAAGUUUUCAAUCAGCAUAAAAUUAUGCUGUAAAACGUAACAUUGCAGUCUAAUCUAUUAGCUCUGGUGCAUAGAUUAGAUGACUGCAACCAAAUAUUUGCCUUUAGAUAUUCCCAAAAAAUAUAUACAGUAAAAGUCAGAAUUAUUAGCCCCCCUUUGAACUUUUUUACUUUUUUAAAUAUUUCCCAAAUGAUGUUUAACAGAGCAAGGAAAUUUUCGCAGUAUGUCUAAUAAUAUUUUUUCUUCUGGAGCAAGUCUUAUUUAGUUUUCUUUCGGCUACAAUAAAAGCAGUUUUUAAUUUUUUAAACACUAUUUCAAGGUCAAAAUUAUAAGCCCCUUUAAGCUAUAUAUAUUUUUAAUAGUCUACAGAAUAAAACAUAGUAAUACAAUAACUUAAUAACUUAACGUAGCCUAAUUGCCCUAACCUGCAAGUUAAAUUAAUUAACCUAGUUAAGCCUUUAAAUGUCACUUUAGGCUGUAUAAAAGUGUCUUGGAAAAUAAGUAUAAUAUUAUUUACUGUCGUCAUGACCAAAAUAAAAUAAAUCGGUGAUUAGAAAUGAGUUAUUAAAACUAUUAUGUUUAGAAAUCUGUUGGAAAAAGUCUUCUCUCCGUUAAACAGAAAUUGUGAAAAAAAUAAACAAGGGGGCUAAUAAUUCAAAAGGGCUAAUAAUUCUGACUUCAUUUGUAUAUAUUUCGCAAUAGGGUACUCUAUGUAAAUCUAUCAGACUCCUGAAUACCCACCAGAAAAGUUCUUUCAGUGGGGAAGGAGAGGCUGAACUGCCACCGAUGAGCUGGAAGUAUCAACUCCGUAAUAAUCCGAACACAUUUUUGAAUGUGCACCAUUAUAAAUUAACUGCAUAUUUUCAAUCUAAACAGCUACGUUCUAGCCUGUAAAAAUCUCAAAAAUACAUUAUGUGGUCCAACAGCUGCAGUAUUUAUCACACUGAGUUUAGUCUUGGUUUGGCACUCGCUGUAGGUGGAGGAACACACACAGGUGAAGAGGCUGGAAGAGUGCUGAUACUACUAGAAUAUAUAUAGAUUAAUUAUUAGUUAAUCAAAAAGUUAAUUAAUUUGUGGCCACAACACAGAUAUUUUGUUUGUGUGUCAUGUGCAGGGCUCUAUAGAUUUAAAUAAGUUCAGGCUUUUGACUAUUUUUUUUUAAAUGUUUUUUCUUCUGGUUGUUCAUGAUUAAUGCAGUUAAAGUAUUUUAAAAUGAUUUUUUCUAUAUUUAUGGGAAGGUUUUUCACUGAUAUGUCACUGUAUAUGUCAUUCAAUAAUUAUGGUUCACCGUGUAUGGAACUCUUCAAAAUACAAAACAAAAGAGUUUGCAUUUGAAUGUGGCUCAUUUGUAAAGUUAAGAAGACUUCAAUUUCAAUUACUUCUGCAUUGUCUUUAACCAGAGCUUGACUUAAUGUUUUGAUGUGUUUUUCCAAAGUUACAUUCACUUUACAUUAUAUCAACUGAAUUCAGUAUCAGUAAGAGCUAUUUUUCCACUCCAAAGAAAAGAGAAGAGGCUAAAGUGCCAUUUGUAUUUUUACUCAUGCAGUUAAACGCAGCUCAAAUGUAACAUGAAUGUUUUCACGUUUAAGUAAUGCAAAAGAAAUGCUAUGAGCUUUUUUUAAAUCAGUUUUAAUAUACAAAUAUGAAAUGUUGGGGAAAAUGCAAUAACAGGUUGCAUCAGUUGACUGUCCUAUUGAAUGAAUCAUUGAAUCAUUAAUUCAAAUAAUCACUCAGACAGCAGAUUCGUUAAAGAAUGAAUCUUUGGGGAUUAAUCACUGAAUCACUGACUUAACUGAUUCGCUCAAAAACACAAUCCUUCAGUUACGAAACAUCUGCAUUUCAUAUUUUUGUAAAGAAAAUACUUUUUUAUUUAUUUGAACACUUGGGGUUAGGUUUAAUCAUAUUUGUUAUAUAAAAUUAAUGGCUGGUCCAAGUCAAAAAUAUACAAAACGACAUGCUUAAAUAUAAUUUCAUGAUUUUCCAAACCUGGAAGUGUUUUUUAUUCUCCAAUGUUUGCUGGAGAACUUUGUAAAUUAAGUGUUUAACAUAGCUAUGAUUUGAUGACAUACACUUGAAAAAUAAACAUGUAAACACUGUGCAUAUAUGCAGGGCAUGCGGAGUGUAAGCUGUAUAUAAUAAAUGUUUCCAAAAUGUAAAUAAAACAGUAAAGAAGU